GCGCUAGUACACAGUGGUAAGCGAUGGCAACGUUCAUGAUGGAGACAUGACGAAAAUCGUCAGAAAGAAUCCACAGCCCCAGUGAAGAAGCCAAAGUCUUCAUCAAAUUUUGAGCAUCUCCGUGGCCGCCACUCCUCUUCUCCCACUCCGGCCACCCGCGCGCCGCCGGCCCAUCCUGAUGGCCGCCGCCGCUCGGCUCCUCCCAAAGAUCCAGCCCGCCGCCUCCCCGGCCGCCACCGCGAAGGCGCGGGAUGACCCGCGCCGCCCCUCCAGCCUCCGCCUAGGAGUUUCUAGCGGACGCACAAAAGCUAUGAAGCAAAAGUUUGUUGCUAAGAAUGAUGUUUCAGUGGUGGAAGGUGAAAAUGCAUUUGAUGGAGUAAAGCAAGAUACUAGACCAAUCAUAGUUAUUGAUAACUACGAUAGCUUCACGUAUAAUUUAUGCCAGUACAUGGGAGAGGUAGGAGUUAACUUUGAGGUGUAUCGCAAUGAUGAUAUCACUGUGGAAGAAAUUAAGAAGAUUUCUCCUAGAGGAAUACUCAUCUCCCCGGGCCCUGGCACACCUCAAGAUUCAGGAAUAUCGUUGCAAACAGUUCAAGAUCUUGGACCUUCUACACCGCUGUUUGGGGUUUGCAUGGGUUUGCAGUGUAUUGGAGAGGCAUUUGGAGGCAAGGUCGUCCGUUCUCCUUAUGGAGUUGUGCAUGGGAAAGGAUCCUUUGUUCACUAUGAUGAGAAACUUGAUGGAACACUGUUUUCUGGUCUCCCAAACCCAUUCCAAGCUGGAAGAUACCACAGCCUUGUAAUUGAAAAGGAUAGCUUCCCACAUGAUGCCCUGGAAAUUAUUGCUUGGACAGACGAUGGGCUGAUCAUGGCUGCUCGCCACAGGAAGUACAAGCAUAUACAGGGAGUGCAAUUCCAUCCGGAGAGCAUCAUAACCACCGAAGGGAGGCUCAUGGUUAAGAAUUUCAUCAAGAUUAUUGAAGGCUACGAGGCCUUGAAUUGCUUUCCGUGAUCCUUUGAAUCGCUCUCCGUGAUCCAUUUGAGGAAGGUUCAGGUACAUGGAUUGGUUGCUACGACCAUUACAUGAUGUAAAAUAAAACAUUAUCCAAAUGAAUUUAUGAAUUGGCUGCAAAACUAUAUACGUCUUGGUUUUCUAUCGGACACGCAAACAGGGAAGUCCUAUAUUAUCAAGUGUGUAGUUGGUAUGUCAGGAUCUUGGAGCAAGGUAAUUGUUAAGAUUCUACCAUCAAAUACUUAUAACUCAUAGGAAUCAGGUUGCUCGUCCAAGAUCUGGAAUAGAUCUGCAUUGUUCAAAUCUCUUCGAGAAGGAUAGACUGUGUAUUGUUCAACGCGUUUACGCGACACGAAUAUGAAAUGGGCAUCACCUCAGCUAUUAAUCAUCCACUUAGGCACUUUCUUUCGGUUUAGGAUUAUUAUAAUCAAGAUUAUUGAAAGUAAACUGGAAGAAACAGACAACUUAGGGCAUGUUUGGCACUGCUCUACUCCACUAGCUUUACCCAGAAACAGCUCUGCUAAGAAGUUUGUGGAGCCGGUGGUUCUGUUUAGCACGCAAUAUAGCUCUAGCUUCAGAAACAUUAGAUUUAUCUGGCAAAGAUCAAGUAUGUCCUGAUUAGUAAUGGGUGUCUGUUUUGAUAUAUAUGAAACUUGCGUAAGUGAUGUAAU